AUGACGGGAAACGAGCAGAAAUUCUCGCUCCAGGGCAAGGUUGCCAUUGUGACCGGUGCUGGGUCCGGAAUUGGAAGAGAAACGGCAUUGUGUCUCGCCAAUGCUGGGGCAAAUGUAGUCGUGGCUGAAGCUAAUGAAACGACGGGCAAGGAGACUGCGGCCAAGGUUUCCGCACAAACAGGCAGUCGAGGCCUGUUUAUCCUGACCGAUGUGUCUCGGAGCGAAAGCGUCCAGGCCAUGGUCAUCGCCACCAUCGAGGCCUUUGGGCGUCUCGAUAUUGCAGUGAACAACGCCGCCCUGCACCCAGACGCAUCCCCUAUCGCAGAACUCCACGAGGAUCACUGGCAGAAGAUCAUCGGGGUGAACCUUGUGGGCGUCGCAUUCUGUCUCAAGUGGGAACUUCAGCAGAUGAUCCAGCAAGGGGGUGGUGGCUCCAUUAUCAACAUCAGCUCUGCCACAAUCAACCGGCCCCAAGAAAAAAUGUCAGCGUACAUCGCCGCGAAGCACGGUAUCACUGGUUUGACUCAGACGGCUGCUGUCGAGAAUGGACGACACGGAAUUCGGGUUAAUGCGCUCGCCCCAGGGGGGGUGGCCACUGAUCUGACGAUGGCGACCAUGCAGGAAUUAGGGCUCACCGAGGAAAACGAGGCGGCCCGGAGUAGCCUCUUCAAACGAUUCGCGAAGCCCGAAGAAAUCGCGCAAUCGGUACUUUGGCUAGCAUCAGAUGCUGCUUCGUACGUUACUGGGGCCACUAUUGCCGUGGAUUCAGGACUGUCGUUGAUUUGA